CCCUCCAGGUCAAGACCAUCUUUUGCCUGAAGCAGAAGAAAUGGCUAUGAUUAGUAUACAGCUCGCUGCUAGGUUUCUCUUCAGUACUGGAUUCCACACCAAGAAAAUUGUCCGUGGCCCUGCUAGUGAUUGGUAUGAUGCUCUGUGCAUCUUGCUACGGCACAGUAAGAAUGUGCGCUACUGGUUUGCACACAACGUCCUCUUUGCAUAUCCGAACCGCUUCUCCGAGUACCUGCUUGAGUGUCCCAGUGCCGAGGUUCGAGGAGCCUUCUCCAAACUCAUUGUAUUUAUUGCACAUUUCUCCCUGCAAGAUGGACCCUGCCCUUCACCCAUUGCUUCACCUGGACCUUCAAGUCAGAGCUGUGAUAAUUUGAGUUUAAGUGAGCACUUGUUCCGUGCUGUACUUAAUCUGCUGAGAAGGGAAGUGUCUGAGCACGGCCGUCACCUGCAGCAGUACUUCAACCUUUUUGUCAUGUAUGCCAACCUUGGCUUGGCAGAGAAGACGCAGCUGUUGAAGCUCGGGGUACCAGCUACCUUCAUGCUUGUGGCUCUGGAUGAGGGGUCCGGCCCUCCCAUUAAGUACCAGUAUGCUGAGCUCGGAAAGCUCUAUACUGUCGUCUCGCAGCUGGUUCGCUGCUGUGAUGUGACAUCACGUAUGCAGUCCUCAAUCAAUGGACUUACUGACUGA